AUGAUUAAAAGAGAUUAUUUGUCAUUUCAUUAAGUCUUUGAAUAAAGGGUGUAGUUCAAAAGCCACUAAAGAAGGAUCGCCUAAGUGAGAGGUUCAAGCUAUAAUGACUUGGAUUAUUCUAAGUUAAUUAAUCAGAUAACCGGGUUUUAACAACGGAUGCGGAAGAGAAAUCAUUAAAUUCAAGAUCAACAAAUAUAAGCAAAAAAUAGCUUAAUCUCUCAAAGGAUAAGAUCGAUUCAGAACACUGAGCCAAAAUUACAUUUAAAUGACCUAAAACUAUUUAGUACUAGGAAGUAGUUUUAGCUGCAAUUUGAUCGGGAAGUGUCAAAACAAAAUUCUCGAUUGAGAGAACGAAUAUAGUCGAUGUAUCCCCAAAUCAAUCUAAAAUCUAUGAAUUAAGAUUUUGAGAAACAUUAAAUAACUUUGGAGAGAAUGCAGAGGUUUAAGAAAAAAAAUAAUAGAUGUGUUUUAAAGUCGUUAGAAAGAAUAGAAAAUUGUGAAUCAUAGCAGUAAAAUAAGUAUCUAAAAUACUACACUUAAACAAUUAAAACUGAGCCUGAUCAAGAAUACAGUGCUUGGAGAUCAAACACUAAUAAAGGAAUGAGUGUUAUAAACCUCAUCGAUUGA